AUAGGAGUAAAACAUAACUCUUAUCAUUAAAAUAGGACUUUCAUGUUUUUAUCCUCAAAAUAGGAGUUUGCAUUGCGACAAUGUGGUACCACUUUGGUACCACUUUUUCCAAUCCUUUCAGUUGGCGGUUGAUUAACAUGCAAUAACCCAAUAACAUCUAAAAUGACAUAAGACAGCGAUGCCUUCAUGUAACCGCCCGCCAGGUUCUUCAAAAAAUCAAUCUCCGGCAGUUUCACAAGCAUCGUGGGAAGUUGGAGCUGGGGGUCUCUUAGAAACAGCCUCCCUACUUCCGAGUAGGGGCAAGUUCAUACCCUUUUUUGUUUCUUACCCUUUUUUUGGUUUUCUUACGCUACGUCUCUCUGCGAUUUUCCUCACGACACCGGAAGUUAGCCUCGCUUUCUCUUUGCGAUUUCCCUCACGGCACCUGCUGCGAUUUCUCUCUUCCCCCCACACACCAGGAUUUUCAAUUGGUGACCCAGCUUUUCAAUUGGUUGAUGAUGACCCUGAUUUUGUACCCGUAGAUGUGUUUGAAGAUGUUGAAAACCAUGUUGCAAAUAAUGAGAUGGUGAUGACUGAUGAGAAGUCAGGAAAUGAAAAACAUCCGUAAGAAUAUUACUUCUAGUUUGAUGACGAGAAGAUCUCAUUAGUAAAAAGUCGAUAGCUUGUCUAUUUUUUUGUUACUUCUAAUGCUCAUGUCGUCUCAAAAAGUGUUUAAUACUUCAGAUUGUUAUGCUUGUCUCGAGUAAUAUAUUUAAUUUUUUAAUUUAUAAUUGGUGUAGAGUAUUUUUAUAUAUUUAUGAUAUGAUAUUUAAAAAACUAUAAAAUAAAAUAUAUCAUGCAUGGUUGUUAUUUGUAUAAUGAUAAAUGAAAAAAAUACAAAAAAGUCUACAUAUAAAAUAAAAAUGUAAAUUCUCAUUUCUUAAAUAAAAAAAACGAAGUAGCCUUUUUUGUCCAACAAAAAAAAGAUAUAUGUAAAGUAUUUGCUUGUAUAAUGUGUGUCUUUUAUCAAAUUAAAAAAAAUUAAAAAUCACACACAAAUUAACAUAAAUGGAGGGAUGUCCU